UUUUUAAAGUGUUAAGUGUCAGGGGAAUUCUUGUAUUGGGAAUUCUCAAAUGACAACAGUCCAAUGAGAAUUCAAUGAACGCCCUUGAGUUAGUAACUCCGGUUUUCAGCUGUCUGCUUAGGUGUGGCGCCCAGCACUAUGAUAUCAUACCUGUAAAAAGAUAAAACAAGUCUCAACAGGAAGUUGUUAUUGAGUGAGUGCGUUGCAAGGAGAGUGUGUACGAAGCCUCGUUGCAAACAACUUGUCUGAGCCUGGAGGCUGCGAUUAUUAACGCAUGCAGUUGACAAUGCUCAUGCUGAUCCUGCGAGACACACACUGGACUGCUGCAGACUGAGAAGGCACGAGAGGGUGGAGCUGCAGAACGCAUACAAACAGAGCCUGCAAAACAACGAGAACAUUAAUCACAUCUGCACAAAUACUACUAUCGCAAAUCACAGUGCAUUUUAUAUACACACGCAACAAAGAUGGCUGUAAUCGAUAUCUCGACACCAGCUGUUGGGGAAAAUGCACAUGAUGCCAAACACCCAACCGAAGAGACAGGUAUUCCUGAAGAGGGCAUUUCUGGAACCAAAACACCAAUACAAGAAUCUGGCAUUAAGGAAGAGCAUUGUGUCAGUGAUCAACUGGAGAAAAAAGAUCUUCAGUCUCCCCCCUUGUCAACACUGGAUUGUCUUACCCAAGAUGAGAUGAACGGAAGCCCAGCAAUCCAACCUUUAGCAUGCACUUCGGUACACUCAGAUGAAGAACACUCAGACAAAGCUCCCAACUCCCCGGACCUCAUUGCUGACCUCCAGCUAGAAGAUCCAGCCCAAGAAAGGGACCCUGCUUUGGAUACAGAGAACACCCCAAGUGAGGAAGAUGGUGGAGCCCUAACUCUGGGUUCUGGAGAUGUUCCUGCUGUAUCUUGCAUCUUGGACCACGGCCCGAUUCCUACUGCUGAUUGUGAUGAUAAAAAGAAGGAGACAAAAAAAAAGAACUGCCGUCAGGAGAAAUCGAAGGCCAAGAAGAUGAAGAAAAACAAACCAUCUCCAGCGAUCGCUUCAUCGACUCACUGCUGGGCUAUCACAAAGGUGUUGGAGGAUCUGAGACCUUGGUUGAUAGGUUUUCUGGUAUUUAUACUGCUAUGUAUUUACCCCUCUGCCGAUGCUAUCAAUAUACCUGCUCCGGUCUGCAUUGGACAAACUGCAGCCCUGGAUUUGAAUACGGAGGGCCCUGUGAAAGGACCUUAUGCUGUAUAUAAGGGAAUUUUUCGGAAAAGCAAGGUUGUGUACUCAAAUGAGAUUGUGUCCAACUGUCCUCCAAGACCAUACAUCAUCCCAGAUGAUCAAAGCUACUUAUUCUGCAACUCAGACAAUAAAACAGCCCUGCUUCUGGUGUCAAAUGUUACUUUGGAGCACAACAGCAAAUUCACAGUCGAAUAUACAACUCAAGAUGACAACCCAGGUUCCAAGGAGACCAGCCUGCAAGUCAAUAGCACUGAGUGCCCUUCAAAAAUGACAAAUGAGGACUCUCACAACGAUACGAACACACAAAGCAACCUCGGUGAAGGUCCCAACAUCCCAGUUCUUUGUGGUUUUGUCGCUGGAGUUGUAAUAUUACUUGUUGCCCUUCCUUUGGCUGGAUACUGUUUGAUCAAAAGAUGCAGGAAAGAUGGAGAGCAAAACAUGACUGAAUUAGAUCAAGUGGAUGCCUGUAGCAGAUUGGCUGAGGAUGGCCAGCAGGCUGCGACUGGGAAUGGAUAUCAACCAAUAGCAAGCCGAGAUGCUGAAGGGUCUGCUGAGAACCGGCCUGUCGCUGUGUAGCUCAUAUUGCACAGAGACUGGGAUUCUCAGUAAUUACUUAAUGAAAUCUAGAGUAGUUGAUUUUAAUCGCAUUUUAUGAUUGCUAGUUCAUUGAUUAAUGGUUGUCUAAAUGCCUUGACAUUCUGCAUUGCAUGCUUAUUAAAUUAUUUUAUUUUAAAA